AUGAAUCUCGAGGAGGAGGAAAAGGUAGCGUCUUCGACUCAGGAGAUUGAUUUCUGCACUCUGGGCAUGUUCAUUAUUGAUGAAAUACACUUCCUCCCCCCUUUAUCACCUGUCUACGAUAUCCUCGGCGGUGCAGGCGCAUACGCUGCCCUCGGCGCCCGCCUCUUCUCGCCACCACCCCUCUCCCGUACCAUAUCUUGGAUAGUCGACGAAGGGUCAGACUUCCCUUCAUCAAUCCGCUACCAAAUUUCCGCCUGGGACACCACUUGCCUAAUCCGCUCCGAUCCCUCUCGUCUUACGACAAGAGGCUGGAAUGGCUACGACUCGAAUCAAAACCGGGCGUUCAAAUACACGACGCCUAAACUCCGUCUCGACGAAACCUCUCUAGACUCCACACUUUUGUUUUCUAAAUCAUUCCACUUAAUCUGCUCUCCGAGACGAUGUACCGAGCUCGUAACUUCGAUUCUGAGGAGGAGGAAAAGGGAGAAUCCGGGUGCGCCGAAACCAUUGUUUAUAUGGGAGCCUGUUCCUGAUCUCUGUACGCCAUCCGAGCUACUAAACACUACGAAUACAUUACCCUAUGUAGACAUAUGUUCCCCCAACCACCAUGAACUCGCCUCCCUCCUUGGUGAUCCGGACCUAGGUCUUGACCCGCUGACCGGCGAGGUCAGUAAAUCGUCUGUCGAACGCGCCUGCGAGCAGCUCCUAAGCAGCAUGCCCCUCCAGUCCUACUCGCUCGUGAUCCGAUGCGGGGCCAAAGGGUGCUAUGUAGCUAAGACCGGCGGCAGGGUCAGGAGACCCUCGGUCGUGAAGCGGAAGAGGCCGAAUCAUGCGAGGGGUGGACUGACACCCGAAGUUGAUAUGAUGGCGUUGCUUGAGGGGUUGAUGAAUGAAGAGAGAGAGAUUGUGCAGAUUGAUCCCGGGGUUGAGUGUUGGAUUCCAGCGUAUUUCCAGGGAGAGUCCGAAUCUCAAUCGAAACCUGACAGUCAUACUGAACCUCUGCCUCAACCUCCACCGGACGAGAAGGAGAAGCUGGUUACGGAAUUAGUUGAUUCUAAACCAGAUACUCCAAAGCAUCAAGUCGUCGACCCUACAGGCGGCGGAAACGCCUUCCUCGGCGGUUUGGCAGUCGCCCUCGCUCGGGGGAAAGAAGUUGUUGAAGCGGCGGCUUGGGGUAGCGUAGCGGCGAGCCUCGCCAUUGAACAGGUCGGUAUGCCGGUUCUCGGGAGUGACGAGUCGGGUAGGGAAACAUGGAAUGGAGUCGUUGUUGAGGAGAGAUUGGAGGAGUUUAUGAAGAGGUGUCAAGCGGAGAGAGGGGUGGGAGGUUAG